AUGUACACCAAUAAGUUAAAUAAAAAACUUUUCAGGAACGCGAAAAACAGAGAACUCCUUUAUGCAGAGGCUCAAGAGAAGGCAAUUUUAGAACAGAGAAAAGCAUUAAUGAGCAAGCAGAAGAAAACGAAAAAGAAACCAAAGCAAUUCAACGAUGUGAAGUCUAUGUUUAAUUCAAUAAGUCGCACAAAGCCUAGAAACUACAAGACUCUAUACUACAAAACACUAUCAAGAAAUCAUAUACUUGACAUAUCAGAUACAAGCCCUGGCUCGCCCUUGAUGCUGUUGUCACCAACCUUAAGAAAUAUUAUUGUUGAAUUCUCUAAGGGUCCUGAGUUCGACGAAAAAGAGCUUGACCACGUGAUGAGGGGAUUACAAUUAUCUCUUAAUCAGCUGGAAACUACUGUAAAGAAGAACAAAGACACUACUACUUGUGUCUCAAUCCUUAAAUUUCUGAUCAAAAAGCAUCUAAAAGAAGCCUACCUUUUCGAAAGCUCACUGAUCAAGUCUUAUUCUGAAUGUGAUUAUGUUGUCAAAUUCUGGGGACCAUUGGUUGAAAAAGCGUUCAAAAAUUCCUCCAUCAUCCCCCAUUGGGGCGAUACGAUCCCUGGAUCUUUACUUUCGUUAGGGGUAAAGAUGAAGAUGGACCUCAGAUUAAUAGCAAUCAGCAACUCUAAACUUCAAGACCAUGGCUACGGUGAAGUUGCGAAAGAAUGUUCAACACCCAAAUACUUCAAAGACAAAAGAAAGACUGUUGUAGCUUCAAAAGCCUUGCUCAACUCGGUGAUAAACAAGAACGCAAUCAAUCAAGAAAAAGACGAUGUCUACAUUCCCUACCUCAUUGCUAUGGGUUUUGAAAUGCACUUAUGUGUCGUAUUUUUAAAAUCUAAUAACCUCUAUAUUACCAAGAAGGUUAAAUCAAUAACCUUUCCCUCAAACCUGAAUAGCUUUGCUGAAGAAUCAACUGAAGUCGCAAAAGGUCUUUUGGAUCUCGUGGCUAUAUGUGAAGCGAUAAAAAAGCAAGCUUGUAGAGGAAAAAAACGAAAAGGCAUUGACGAUUGUAUAAGUAAUAUCACAGUAAAACAAAAAGAAAAUGGUACCAGCAAGGUUGUCUGGGACAAUGUAGAAGAGGAUGAAUUGGAAGACGAGGUCAACGAUGAUGAAGAUGACGACGAUGAUGAAGAGGACGACGAUGAUGAAGAGGACGACGAUGAUGAAGAGGACGACGAUGAUGAAGAGGACGACGUUAAUGAUGAAAAUGACGAGGAGGAUAACGAUGAUGGAGGCGACAAUGAUUAG